AUGUUUGCACUAAAUGCAUCACCUUUUGAACUUCUGCUGGUAUGCAUAUUGGGGAUGAAUAAGCAGUUCCUAUCACAAGUUCUUAUCAGCGUAUAGUUAAAGACGAGCGAUGUAAAGGUAAUUUUUCGUUAUUUCACAUUGAACCGUUGCCAUGAGAUGUUGAAGGCAGUUUUUAGAAUGAAGAACAGUUUUUUACUUGCUAUUAUUGUAUUGGGUAUUGUAAGUUACAAAAAAGUUUGUCUAACUUAUGCUGAAAGCGGUAGAUAUGCGGAUGACCAGUUCCUCAAUAAACAAAAAUUUCUGUUCGAAAUUCUGAGGAACAUUUAUCAACCGUUAGAGUUUGAAGAGUAUAUUCCAUUCUCGAAGGCUUGGAUUGAAGAUGCCUCCAAAUAUAAGAAUUUCAGCUCAGUUUCAGAAUUCUUCGACUUAUUCCAAGACGGGUUUUUGUCAAAAGGCGAAAUGUUUUCAAUUUACAACUAUUGGCACCUCAAACAAACACAAAUGUUGUUCUCAUUUUUCUACAACUCAAUUGAUUGGGAUACUUAUCGAAAAAAUGUAAUUUGGGCUCGAGAAAAUACCAAUGAAGGCAUGUUCAUUUUCGCUCUCACACUAUCUGUAUUGCAUCGACCAGAUCUACAAGGAUUGGAGCUGCCCGCUAUCUACGAACUAGAUCCUUACUUUUUCUUCAACGGAGAUUUGAUUCACGAUGCCAUGGUGCAUAGGAUGUCUGACGAGGAAUAUGGAUUUUAUUUAGAACGUGAACGCAAUGCAGCAAUCAGUAACUACACGUCCAAGUUUUCUACCAAUAACUUUGGAGAAGGCAAAAUGGCGUAUUUUACUGAAGAUAUCGGACUGAACGCGUAUUAUUACUAUUACAUGCUUGAAUACCCAUAUUUCUUAGGAGGUGAUGAGUUCGGACUGAACAAAGAUCGUCGCGGGGAGUUAUUCUUGUACAUGCUCCAACAACUGUUGGCACGCUACUAUUUGGAAAGGCAGUCAAAUGUACUCGGACAAAUUGAAGAGCUUUCGUGGGAAUUUCCGUUGAAAACGGGAUAUUACCCGAUGCUACGCUAUUGGAAUGGCAUUCCGUUUCGACCAAGAGAAAAUAAUUACAAUAUGAGAUCAUACGAUCCGAAGAAACUCCAACUUAUAGAAGAUCAUGAACUUAGAAUCAAACGCGCGAUUGAUUCAGGAUUUUACAUUAAAGCUAAUAGGACCAAUAUCAAUCUACGAGCAGCUGAGGCGAUAGACGUAAUCGGCAAUAUGGUUAACGGUAAUAUCGACAGUAUUGAUUUGGACUAUUUCAAACCAUUUGAUGUAUUCGUCCGAAUGAUACUUGCACAAGGUGAUUACUACGGGGAAACCGAAGAUUUGUGGCCAGGACCUUUGAUGCAUUAUGAAACUUCAAUGCGAGACCCAAUUUAUUAUCAAUACCUUGAACGAGUGAUUGGUAUUUACUGGCAGUUCAAAAACUAUCUUCCACCGUAUUCCGUUGAAGAACUGAACUAUGAUGGUGUUCAAAUAACAAGCCUCACAAUUGAUAGGCUAGUUACGUACUUCGAAUACUUCGAGGCCGACAUCAGUAAUGGGAUACCAUUAACUCAUAGAAAGUCUGAACAGAAAAGUACAUGGGAUUAUAAUAUUUUUGCAAAACAAAAACGUUUGAAUCACAAGCCGUUCAAUUACACGAUGAAUGUUAAAUCCAACAUUGUCGAGAAAGGUAUUGUUCGUAUGUAUAUGGGUCCAAAAUUUCAAAAUCUCCGGCAACUUCGUUUGGUGAAAAAAUAUUACGUAGAAAUGGAUCAAUUUGUAGUACAACUAGAAGUAGGUCAAAAUGUCAUAAACCGCUCCACAGAAGAUUUCUACUACAACAUUCGAGAUCGCUCUACUUACACUGACUUAUACAAACGAGUUAUGCGAGGACUUCAAAAAGAGCCUUAUGCACUGGAUUACUCGGAGAUACAUUGCGGUUGGCCAGACCGCUUGCUUCUACCAAGAGGCCUUCCAAAUGGGUACGAUAUAUCAUUUUUCAUUAUCAUCAGUCCACAUAUCCCAGCAAAAGUUCCUCAAUAUUCAACGUACACUCUGGGCUGUGGAGCAGGAUCAGGAUCGAAAUAUAGCGAUGACCUACCAUUUGGGUUUCCCUUUGAUCGUGAAUUGGACGUAAAUCACUUCAAGACUGAGAAUAUGAUUUUCAAAGAUGUAACAGUUUAUCAUUUGGGUGAAUAUUAAUUGAAUAAAGGAGAAACAUAUCAAAAAGCAAUAAAAUAUUUUAA